ACAUAGAUAGGCAGGGAAGCACUUCACAUGAAUACUUUUUUCAGUGCAUGGCACACCACAGCUUUUAAAUCACUUAACAUAGCGCAGCUGCAAAAACUUUCAUUGUUAAUUUCGUGUGGUCUUUGCAAAUUGGGGUAAGGCUAACAAUAAUCGACGUGAAGGGGAACCUUAGAUAUUUGCUGUAAGGAGGAAGCAGAGAUCCUGUGGUCAACUGAACAGAAAUUGGAGCGACUGUUUAGAGAGAUGUAAUGUGACUCACAAAUGGUUUUGGGCAAUUCCAGAUCGAUCUAGACACCAUCGAUGUGAGCAACUUGAACAGACAGUUCCUAUUUCAGAAGAAACAUGUGGGGAAGUCCAAAGCACAGGUGGCUAAGGAAAGUGUGCUGCGGUUCUGCCCAUCCGCCAACAUUACAGCAUACCAUGAUAGUAUCAUGAACCCGGACUACAAUGUGGAGUUCUUCAGGAAGUUUGUGCUGGUCAUGAAUGCGCUGGACAACAGAGCGGCUCGUAACCACGUGAACAGGAUGUGUCUGGCGGCAGACAUCCCUCUGAUUGAGAGCGGCACAGCCGGAUACCUUGGCCAGGUUACAGUCAUCAAGAAGGGUCAGACAGAGUGUUACGAGUGCCAGCCCAAACCCACCCAGAAGACCUUCCCUGGAUGCACCAUCCGCAACACUCCCUCCGAGCCCAUUCACUGCAUCGUGUGGGCCAAGUACCUGUUCAACCAGUUGUUUGGAGAGGAGGACGCGGAUCAGGAGGUCUCUCCGGACACUGCCGACCCAGAGGCCAGAUGGGACUCAGCGGAGGCAGCAGCUAAAGCCAGCGCCUCCGAGAAGGAUGGAGAUGUGAAGCGUGUCAGCACCAGGGAAUGGGCUCGCUCCACCGGAUAUGACUCCGUCAAAAUCUUCAACAAGUUGUUUAAAGAUGACAUCAGGUACCUCCUAACGAUGGACAAGUUGUGGAAGAAGAGGAAAGCCCCAUUGCCUUUAGACUGGGAAGAGCUCCUGCAGCAAGCAGGCCAAUCGGAGGCAGUGAGCGUAAGCGGACUGAAGGACCAGCAGGUGUUGGGGGUCCAGGGAUACGCCCAGAUGUUCAGCAACAGCGUGGAGACACUGCGAGGAGACCUCCAGCAGAAAGGAGAUGGAGCCGAACUUGUGUGGGACAAGGAUGAUCCUCCAGCAAUGGACUUUGUGACCGCAGCUGCCAACCUGCGCAUGCAUGUCUUCAGCAUGAACAUGAAGAGCCGCUUCGACGUCAAAUCCAUGGCAGGGAACAUCAUUCCAGCCAUUGCCACCACCAAUGCCAUCAUUGCGGGACUUCUAGUGCUUGAGGGCCUGAAGAUCCUCUCAGGAGAUAUGGACAAGUGCCGCACGAUCUUCCUGAACAAGCAGCCCAACCCACGUAAGAAGCUGCUGGUGCCCUGUGCCCUUGACCCACCCAACUCCAACUGCUACGUGUGUGCUAGCCGACCUGAGGUGACCGUCAGGCUCAACGUCCACAAAACACUCGUCUUAACCCUGCAAGACAAGAUCUUGAAAGAGAGGUUUGGGAUGGUAGCUCCAGACGUCCAGAUCGAGGAUGGCAAAGGCACCAUCCUCAUCUCCUCCGAGGAGGGAGAGACUGAGGCCAAUAAUAACAAGGUUUUGUCUGACUUUGGGAUCCGGAACGGCAGCCGCCUCCAAUCAGAUGACUUCCUUCAGGACUACACACUCCAGGUGAACAUCCUACACAGUGAGGAAUUGGAAAAGGAUGUGGAGUUUGAGGUGGUGGGUGAGGUCCCUGAGAAAGGACCUGGACCAGCAGCAGCGGCUGAGGAUGGGAAGAGCAUCGCUAAUGGAAACAAAGACUCCGCUCAGCCCUCCACCUCGUCUAAAGCCCCUGUAGAGGAGGAUGAUGACGUUCUCAUUCUCGACUCCGAUGAAGAGCCAUCGUCCAGCUCUGCCAUGGACAUUUCUGCUGGGGGCGCAGCAUCAGCACAAAAGAGGAAGCUCGCCGACGCAGAGACUGGUGAAUCAGUCGAAUCCUCGACCAAACGCAAACGUCUGGACCAACCAACCGCCAGCGGGCAAGAUGAUGAUGACGACGACAUCAUCGCCCUAGAUUAAGCCACACCUUGCUUCUGAAAAGGUGCGCUCUCUGGUGUCGAGUUACAUCCUGCCUCUCUGCCUGAACUGUAAAUAGAUCUGUACAAAACAGCGCCCCCUGUCUCUCGUUUCUGUUCUACCAUGGACUGAAUCUGUUUCUCGGUUAAGCUUUUCUCCCUAAUUGCCACUGUUUCUGGUAUGGGUCUGGCACCGAUCCACUCCAGACAAAGCAGCUAUAUGGGAUUAAUUAUGAGGAUUGAUACAAAAGUGAUUUUUCUCUUGUGAAACCAAUGUGGUUUUUUGUAGUUUUGCUUACCGUCUGGUCUCUUACGAGGGCCUGGGGGUGGGGGGGGGGGGUUCUGCUUCAUGAUGAUGAUGUUUAGGAGAGGUUGAUGUAUUUCUCGUUAUUUUAUCCCCAUUGUCAGGAAAAAAAAAAAAAAACUUUGCAUAUUUAAUUUUUUUUUGUAAGAAAACCUUUGAAGCCCAACAGAACCUGAAAUGUGUCAGUAUGUUUCCAGUGAGUCUUUGGUCAUAUGUAUACUACUGUCAAGGUUGGGAGGGAUGGGGACGAGGUGCUGAACACGGAGGUGUUUUAUUUUUACGGUUUGUUUGCUAGACCCGUUCAGGGUCCAGCGCCUUUAUAUGUGGUCAGCAACAGAACAUACAUACAGUUACUGUACAUGCAAACUCACACUCUUGAGCUAAAGUCCUAAUAAAAGCAUUACAGUACACACA